CAGCCGAGGCUCAUUGAGGACGCGCAGCAAAGCACGUUCCGCCUGGCCGCCAGCCUUAACCGGAUCCGCCCGGAUCUCCUGGAGCUGCAGGGACCUGGCAUUGAUGAGUCGCUGCGUGGCGCUAACCUUUUGUCGCUGGCCGCUGUUGCCUCGGCCACCACUGCCGAUGUGUCUAGUGACAUGCAGACCGACGGGCUGCGGUUCGUGCAGGUGUGCAAUUUCUACAAGGACGCCAAGCCCUCGGAGGCGGAUUCUACUAAAGCCCCUUGUGGCUGGCAUUGUCGAGCGCAUGGAGCAGCUUCUGGAGGAGUGGCCAGACCACGCCGUCCUGCAGGACAUCUGCAAGCUGGCCAGGCAGCUCCUCCAAUUGCCUGUGACGGCGCCGCUGGCCAAGCUACUGACCGGCCUGGAGAUGCUGUACCAAAAGUCGCAGGAAUGGCAGGCGUACGCCAGCCGCGACGUGUCGAUCGAGCAGCUGGCCGAUGUGGCCAGACUGAUUGUGCGCUGGCGCCAGCAGGAACUGAACGCCUGGCCGCACUUGCUGUUGUCGCAGGAGCUGGAGUUUGCGCGGCGGCCCAAUGAGUGGUGGUUCAAUCUGUACUCGUCGCUUCUGGGCGACACUGCGGAUUUUGCCGGGCUGGUCAGCGCCAUCGACCAGUUCAUGCAGGGCAGUCCUGCCGGCGAGUUCCGCGGCCGUCUCAACAUGCUUCAUGCAUUCUGCGGCCACCGCGCCGCCCUACUCUCCGCCCAAGCUUUGCAGGAGCACAAGAGCGUAAUGGACCUGAAGCGCUCGGACCCCGUCUACGCCCCGCUAUCCAAUGCCAUUGACUACUAUAGCCAGUAUGCUGUGGUGAUUGCCGAGCAUCUAGCAGCUGCGAAGAAGACUGGUCAAGAAGGACCUGACGCAGUAUGUCAAGAUCUCGUCGUGGAAGGAUGUGAACCCGGCGGCAUUGAAGGAGAGUGCAUUGCGCACCCACCGUCAUCUGACAAAGUGUGUCAGGCAGUGGCGCGAGGCACUGAGCCAGCCGAUCUUCCAAAUCAUCCAGAUUGCGCAAUCCGCCAAUAUUGCCCAUGCCAAGGUGCCCACCGUCCAGCUGGUGCCUUUGCCGCUGAGCGAUGCGGGCAUUGAGGUUGCGCCCACGAAGGCCCUGGCCACCACCGCUGUUACUGCGCUGCCGUGGAGAUGCGCUGGAGGUCGACGGCCAAAAGGCACUGGAGCUUCGCGAAGCUUGCA